GUGUCUCCUAAACCUUCAAGUUUAUCUUAUUCGAGUUGUGUGGCUGAAGUUUUAUGUUGUGAGGAUGUCGGACAGUGGCGACAGCGACGUAUCCUUCGUGCUGUACAAGGAGAGGCCGGAGUGGCGCGACGUGGUGCCCGUAAGGGAAGACGAUGGACCCAACCCCGUCGUCGUUAUAGCGCAUUCGGAGAAAUUUGAGGAUGUGUAUGAUUACUUCCGAGCAAUCUUGAAGAGCAACGAGAAAUCUGAAAGAGCUUUGCAACUGACCAAGGAAGCUGUGGAACUUAAUCCUGCUAACUACACUGUGUGGCAGUAUAGGAGAGAUUUGCUGAAAGCUCUCGGUACUGACUUGAGAUCUGAAUUGGAUUAUGUUGAAUCUGUUAUACGACACUCCCCUAAGAACUACCAAGUGUGGCACCACCGCCGGGUGCUGGUGGAGUGGCUGAAAGACCCGUCGCUGGAGCUGGAGCUGACCGGGGACGCUCUGCUGCAGGACCCCAAGAACUACCACGCCUGGCAGCAUAGGCAGUGGGUUAUUAAGACUUUUGGGUUGUACGAGCAUGAAAUGGAGUUCGUAGAAAACCUCAUAGUAGAAGAUGUGCGCAACAACUCGGCAUGGAACCAGCGCUAUUUUGUCGUCAACAACCACUUGGGCUGGUCCGACCUCAAUGUGCAGAAGGAAGUCUGCUACGCACUAGAAAAGAUCAAGUUCAUCAAAAACAACGAAAGCGCAUGGAACUAUUUAAGGGGAGUCCUACUACACGACAAAAGAGGUCUAAGCGGAAACGCAGUAGUAACAAACUUCUGCGAAGAGUUGUACAGAAACAAGUCUGUAAGUCAUUCCCCUUAUUUACUAGCGUUCAUGAUCGAUAUAUGUGAUGAGGCCAUAAAGAAAGGCGAGAUCAGUUCUCUACACGGCCCCGAAAGAGCUAUAGAACUCUGCCAUGCGCUAGCAACGAAGUACGAUAAAAUACGGUGCAAGUAUUGGAAUUAUGUGAGCGAAAAAUUCAAGAAAGUUAAGAAAGAAUUGGACGAGAAGGCAGAUAAAGAAAAAACAGAACUGGAAGAUUAAAUGCGUUCAGGUAGAUAGUUUUUAACUUUUGAUUUUAUUACUGUUUAUUAUGAUUUAUGUUCAUAGGUGUAACAUUAUAUCUUUACAAGGCA